CAUCCACCCAGGCUUUUCGUACCUGAACCUGCCCAGGUGGUACGCAGCGCCUGCGCCGCACUCAGUGGCCCCCCCCUCCCAUGGGUAGCUUGCUCCCCCAGUCUUUGUUGUUCCAGUCCCGCUAGCAACCGCCGCCUGCCCUCUCAGACAGCGCCUUCUACCUACUAGAGUAGCGCCAAACUCCCAUCCGCCAUUGAGCUCCCACAGGGCACCUGCACCAGCUGCACCACCACCAGCACUACCACCCGCCACCACCAACGUCCGCCAGCGCCUCCACAGCCGAAAAAACAACAGUCACAGGCCGCAUCGUCAUCAACCUUCCCUCUCGCCGUGCCUCGCUCGCGGUCCCCCCCUCGAGCCUCCUCCUGCGCCGCCCCUACACCUCUCAUUUUGCCUUUCUUGGGCCGCAAACCGCCGCCGCCGCCGCCGACGACGACUCGACCGUCGACCGUCGACGCAUCACUCCCCCGAGUGUCCGCCAAUUCGGGCGCGUUAUCCCUUGGCACCUCCUCGUGCUGCUACUGCUGCUGCUGCUCGGGGCUGCUCCCUCCAGCUCUUCUCUUCCCCACACGCUCGCUCGCUCGCCUCUGCCGCGCAGCAUCGCGCAUUCCUGGGUGGAGUGAGCACGACAAAUCGAACCGACGGCACACGCUCGACGACGAUGCAAAACCGCCUCCCCUCGGAUACCCCUCAGAGCACCCUCGUCUAGAUUUUAGAAAUGUUCGCCCUGGCCUCGCGCUCCCCGCUUGCGUAGAGGAGGAUUCCCUCGGCGACGACCAUGCAGGCCGUUCCCACCGUAAGUUUCAUGGCUGGCUCUCCCUCCCUCCCUCCGCCUCUGCCGCCUCCCGAGUGAUGUGUGUCACCACUCCCGCCUCGCCCUCCCUCGACGCCCGUCUAGCUCGAAACCUUCUUGUCGUCCUCUUCCCCCCUCCCCUCAUUUUUUCCUGCUCCCUCGAAGCUUCAUCUUCCUCUAUCGCGUCGUCGUCAUCAUCUUAGUGCGCCCCCCGUUGCUGCUCGCAGCCUCACUAACCAAUCGUCUCGUGCAGCUCGUUGGAACCGGCACUGCCGUUGCUGCGGCGGCCACCGGCUUGGUCUUUGGCCAGUCCUCGGAACCCAACCCUCCCGCCACGGCUCGGGGCGCAUCGCACACGAGGACGAUAUCGACCGACCGCGUCCUCGAGCUGGACGAGUCCCGCCGGCCGAGCACCAGCUUCUCCCCCGUCCGCCCCGCCACGACGUCGGCCACGCCGUCCACUCCAGCCGAUUACUAUUACUCGUCUCCCCCGCCGCCGCCGUCUUCGCGGGACACUGUGUCUAGGCCGCCAUUGUCCCGCUACCAGCGGCCGCACUCGUCGCAGUUCUCUUCUCCUAGAGAUUCCGUUAGGAGGCAUUCGUUUCUGAGGCACCACGGCGACCUGUCCCCGCUGGCUGUGGCCGAGGAGUCGAGGGAGUCUCUGGCGUCCAAUGGCUCCUGGAUGAGACGGCUGUCGAUGCGUCCUCUGUCUCAGCACGACGGCAGUAACAGAUCGAGUAUAAUCGCCGACUCGACGUCAGUCGCUUACUCGCUCAGCUCGACGUCUCCCAUACUGGCUCGGUCCAGCUCCACGGCACCGCCUCUGCCCCCGAACAAGCUUGUCAAGCGGGCUCCCUCGACGCGCCUGCCCGAACCUGGAGAUUCGCCAGCCCGCCGCCCCAAGGGACACCGGCCUACUCUUCGUCGACCGGCCACGAGCCAUCAGAGGUCCGCGACCCUCCAGCAAUUCCGGGCUGACAUUGACGUGGCCGGCUCCGCCGCGCACCCCAAGUAUUCCUUUGAGCAGCCAAUUUCCCCCGAGGAACUUCUUGGAGCGUCGCCCAUCGACCCGAUACCCGCCACGCAGGCUUGGUCUGCCUGGAAGUCGUUCUUUCACCUGAGACGAGCGACCAACGCUACCCCCUCGGGCCGCUCCCUCGGGGACAGCAGCCCAUCGGCAGGACCCUCUGGCAUAGCGAGCAUCUGCCCCGACAGGAGGUCGCGGCAAAGAGCCUACUUGCUGAAACCGAACAUGAUUUCUGCACCGCUCGUGCCCGGCGUCCAGCCGACGCCCAUGAGAGCUGAGGAGGAUGCCGGCCGACACCCCUCUGCCGACACACCCAAGGGCCUGAAGCCCUCACCAGAAAUCACCGCCGCGCCGCCGACGCGGACCAAGCGAUCUCUCUCGGCGAGCCUUUCGACAGCAGCCAACAACUGGGUUCUGAAGACGUCAGGAAGCCUGCGUCGACCUAAACGAGGUGGCGACCAGCACAAUGACCAGGGCGGGAAUAAGCGGCACGUGUCAGCCCCAGCCGGCGGCUCGCCGCCAGCCAUGGUGCAGCAGCGCCAACACCACCACCAAGGAAGCAAUACGCCCGAGAAAUCAGCAAGCGCCCCGAUCGUCCCAAAUGCGCAGGGGUCGACGCUCGGCUCAGCUGCCUCUAUCCAGCGACCAUGCCAUAAAAGAGAUGCAUUCUCCCCACUGCCCCCGCUUUCCAUGUCGGGCUCUGCAGCUGGAUUCCAUGACGAUUUAGUAUCGCGUUCCGGCGGGGCUCGUCACGGUCGGCCUAACCAGCCGUCGGGUAGCUCGACCAGUUCCGCUGCCAUGUCGCAGCUGAGAGGAUCGCACUAUGAACGAUGCUCCGUCCUGGAGAGCUCGGACGGCGACGGUCGCGGUUUCGCGUCGGGCGACGAGGACGAUACCGACUUCAAGAGCGACACCGUCUUCGAUUCGCUGCGGACCCUCUCGUCGGCCCGCGUACGGGCGGUGGAGACGCCGCUCGAAUCCGUGUACGACGAGUCGCCGCCGAGCACCGCCGGCAACGGCAGGACCAAGCGCCUCUCCAUACACGAGAUGCUCGGCGGCCGGGGUUGGGAUGGCGGCAUCAAGAUCAUGGAGGAGGAGGAUGAGACCUCGUCUACGCCGGUCCGUGCCGCCAAACAUGCGGGGGCUGGCUUCGCGCUCCACGACGGCGCGGACGAGCCCCGUUUCAGCUUAGAGUCGUCGCACAAUGCUGUUUCACAACCGCCCAGGGACCCGGGUCGCUUUUCGAUUGACGACGAUUUUGACGAGGAUUGGACGAGAGAUGACGACGGCCCAUUUAACGCACUCUCCCCCCCGUCACAGGGCCACCACCACGCCAACUCGCUCACUGCCCGAGGCAUGAACCCCAACGUGCGCCUUGCCCUGGCCAGCAUCGAAGGAGACGCGACACCCCGGCUGCGAGGCGACGCCCAUCGCAGCGAACGCCCGCUGAGCAACCUGUUUGAUUGGAGCGAGCCGCCCGCUCAUGACAAGCAGGACAGCAACGGGACCGGUCUACGCCCCAGGACGUCGUACGCCAUGCCCGAAGUGGACUUGAGAGGCGGCCGUUCCGCUACGCGCAAGGUUCCCGCGCCGCUGCACGUCCGAAGCCAGAGCGUUCCCGUCGUCCACGACUUCAAUGACGAGUCGAAGCCCAUGGGUGCCAAGUACGGCACCUGGGGCCUGGGCACCAAGACUGUCUCCGAGGACUGGGACGAGGAUUUUGAGUUUGGCGGGGCGAAUAGCGAAUACGAAGGCAAGGGCGCCGGCGAGGUGUUUGCCGUUCCCGAGUCGAUCCGCGCGACGCAGCCGAGCGUCAGGGCGCAUUCGGGUCAGAUACGCGAGCUGUCGCUGCUGGUCAAUGACCUGAAACGCCUCUGCCGGCACGGCCGUGAGCUGAACAUGCUCAGUGGGGACCAGCGGGGCCUGUGGAAGGAGGCUGAAGGCAUCAUCGCCCUCGCAUCACCCGACGAAGACGACGUGAACGAGGAUCACCAGUCCAUCGCGUCGGCGGCCCACACGGAUGCCUUUGAUAUCAACGAACGUCUCGUCGAAGACGGCUAUGACGCCGCCUCGCUCGACCGCCUCGACGCCGCCAUUGACAGCCAAGAGCCGGCCAUGUCGAGGACGGCGGUCGUGCGAGAGCGGCAAUCUCCCCGACGCCGGUCCGUCUUCUCCCCGGAGGAUGAUAUUUUUGGAGGCAGCUGGCCGCUGGCAGAUGGCGACGCACCUUCUUCCAACCGGCCCAGCCGGCCACGGACGCCAGAUAACCGGCCGCCCAAGCCCAACGACGUCACCGGCAUGGUCCGAUCGGUCAUGGAGUCGGUGCAGAACCAUCGUGCGCCCCCGGAACCGAUGCCCUCGCCCCGGGGCAACAAUGGCAACCCCCGCGUGCACUUCGACACCAACAGCCUCAAGGCACUGGUAAGGCGAGCCGGCGAACUGCGGGACAUUUUAUCCGACAGCAUCCGCAGGGAAGAUCAGAUCACACAGAGCCCAGCGAGGACACCUCGACACGAGCGUCGUCUCGAGUCCAGCCCUGCCUUUACUCGCGUCUUCGACGACCCCGGCUCAAGCCCGCCUCGACGCAGCGCCCUUAAGAAUCGCGCCACAGCCUCCAUCAUGGAGAGCCAAACGCCAGAAAAGUCGCCAUCCUCGGUCAUGGGCCGGCGCGCACCGAUGAUGACGGUGAGCUAGGCGGGGCGGCAUGACCCCCCUUGCGUCACAUCCACCUACAUGGCACGGCCUGUUAUAUCACUGGCUCGCUGCAUGCGCCUUGUACGAAUCAAGUUUUGUAUUGGAUUUUGUGAAUAUCAAUUGCCACGGGGCCCGGAAUAUCGCGGAUACAUACGCCAUGUCUCAGCCCCUGCCGGCCAUUGCGCCUGUUUGUUUGAUGCGCCCAGGGGCGAGGGGACAGCUUGAUCGGGAAGCUGGCGCCGCCCGCAGCGUUCAAACAGGCACACACACCCAUGCUCCGGCCAUCGAUCCGCUGGUCGCUGCGCUAAUAGCCUGUUGUGCGUCCCACGAGACGAAGCCACGACAAUUGCUGGCGUCGUUGUAUACCAUGCCCGCCGUGUCGACAUGACUUGUACUGCCUUCACGCCGCAGGGAUGCAUGCUAUCACACCUCAGCGGGCGGAGGCCGAGAUUUACUUUGUCAUUCACGCAUUCCUUUUGUGGAACAUGCCCGUCGAGACGCCUCCGACACGUCCAUGGAGGCUGUAAUGAUAUCUGGGAGAAGCCGGCAUGCCCGAGCUUCGACCAUGCGCCUAGGUGGCGCCGAACGACAUGGCUGAACGAGCACCGAAAACACCGCCAUCUUCCCACAGCACAUGCACGACCCCGAACCAAACCGAACCCAACAACACCCACCACCUACUUACUACUUAUUCAUCACACAUACCCCAACAUCCGACAAACCUGAAAACUUCAAAUACAGAACAGAAACCUUUUUUUGACGCAAUACUCGUAUGACGCAUUUUGAGACGCGCGCGUGGAGCCAAGCAAAAACAAAACAUGGAGACCUGCAAAGGAAGAGAGAGCGAGAGAAAGAGAGAGAGAGUGUGUGUGUGUGCGUGGGAGAGGCGAUUUGACACAUUUGCACAACACGAGGAGCACUACAGGAUACUGGGAGUUUCCCCGCGGGGAGGGGGAAACCCGCCUACCCAAGGACGGGGGAAGCCAAGCCCUGGCGCGGAGAGUGUUGUUACAUGAUGGGAUGGGGCAGAGUGGCCAAAAGACGCGGGACCAGCUGUGAGGAUGACGGGAGAUGGCGGCUCUCCCCCGGUCCUCGGCCGAGUUUCCUCGGCCGCUUUUCUGGGUCACAAGUCUCUGUUGCUUGAGUAGUAGUCGUUUUUGUUGAGCACUUGAUGAGAAUUCACGGAUAGAGCCUCCCCUCGCGGGGGCUGAUGACCACC